AUAAUUUAUCUCUUGAUAACGCCGGUUUUUCAGGAAAUUUACCUCUUAACAACGCUGGUUUUCCAGAACAUUUACUUCUUGACAGCGCCGAUUUUCCAGAAAAUUUACUUCUUGACAACGCUGGUUUUCUAGAUUUACCUCUUGACAACGCUAAUUUUUCAGAAGAUUUACAUCUUGACAACACUGGUUUUCCAGAAGAUUUACAUCUUGACAACACUGGUUUUCCAGAAGAUUUACAUCUUGACAACGCUGGUUUUUCGGCAACUUUACCCCUUGACAACGCUGAAUUACAUAAUGCAAGUCCUGAUGACCGAGAAGUAAAUUCAAAAAAAGGUGUAAACACACCUGCAAAUCUUACAUUUAACAGGUCUAGGAUGUUAUUCUGCUCCUCUAAUGGUUCUUUCAAAUUCGGACUAUCUAGAAGUC